AUGGCAUCUCAGGGCUCACCUGCCAUUCGGCCCCCGUCCUACACUCCCAACUCCUCUUACCCCCCCUUCUCUCCCCUCCCCUGCGUCCCAACCCUCCUUCCUCCCAGCAGCCAUCGCUGGAGGACAAAGCGUCGCUGUGGCCGCGCCUCACGUUCGCGCGGGUCGGGCCGCUCAUCCGCUCAUCCGCCUCACGUUCUUGUCCUCCUCCUUCCCCUGCCAUCCCCUCUCUCCCCGCAGCCAUCGCCAGAGGACGAGGCGUCGCUGUGGUCGCGGCUGACGUUCGCGUGGGUGGGGCCGCUCAUCCGCCUGGGCAACGCCAAGGUGCUGCACGCGUCCGACCUGCCGCCCCUCUGCCCGCGCGACUCCACCGCUGCCGUCGCGCCCGCGCUCAGGGCCGCGUGGCAGGCUGAGACCACCGCCACCCGCAGGCGUCCCUCUCUGCCCCGUGCGUUGGUGAGCACGUUCGUGCGGCCCUUCAUGGCAGCGGGCGCGCUGAAGCUCAUUCACGACCUGCUGCAGCUCGCCUCGCCGCUGCUGCUGCAGCAGAUCAUCCUCCACCUCAGCAUGACGUCAUUCCACGUCAGCACAGCGCCUCCUCACACAGCAGACAGCAGCUCAGCUGACAGCUUCCUUGGUCCCUCGUUAGUCCUCCCCAACUCCUCACUCCCCUUUGCCUCCACCCUCACACCGUCCCUCCACCGCUCGCUAGUCUCCGCCCCCUCCACCCACCCACUUAUCCCCUUCACUUCCCCACUCUCCACUCUCACCUCAGCACCGCAACUCCUUGCUUGGAUCUUCCUCCCUCUCGUAUCUUUCGUCCCUCAACUUCAAGCGCCCCCCCACACCCAGAGCCCAAUGGCCAACACCACUGUUGGCUUCACGCCCCCCCUCACACACUCCUCAACUCACCCACUCCCAUUUUCUGCCUCCUCGCACUUAUCCUCGUUAGUGGCCGCCUCGCUACCAGCGUGGCUGCCGGGGCUGCUGCUAGCGGGGGUGCUGUUGGCGUGCAACAUGGGCCAGUCACUCAUCGCCCAUCAGUACUUCCACCGCCUUUACCGCCUCUCCUCCCAUGUGCGCACGGCGCUGGUGGCGCUGAUCUACUGCAAGGCGCUGCGCAUCUCCUCUGCAGCGCGCCACUCCACCAGCCUCGGGGAGAUUGUGAAUCUGCAGAGCAACGAUGCGGAGAAGCUGGCGAAACUGUGCAUCUAUCUGCACAUCGUGUGGAGUGGGCCCCUGCAGAUCAUCGGUGCCUUGGCUUUCCUAUUCCGCUUCCUCUCUGUCAUCCCUGCCCUGGCGGGGCUGGUGACGAUGCUGCUGUUGAUGCCGUUCAACGGGGUGCUGAUGGGGCGCCUGUCAGCGGUGCGGCACCGCCUCAUAGCGCGCACCGAUGCGCGUGUGCGCCUGCUCUCCGAGGCCGUGGGGGCCGUGCGUGCGCUCAAGCUCAACGGCUGGGAGGCGCUGUUCAAGGCGCGCAUAGAGGCCAAGCGGGCGCAGGAGAUGAAGGAGGUCACUGUCUCCGUGCUGCUCGAGGCCAUGGGUCUAUUCGUGUACUACCUCACGCCCAUGGUGGUCAGUGUCGUCUCCCUCGCCGCCUACGUGCUGCUCGGCCGCCCGCUCACCGCUGACAUCGCCUUCCCCGCCCUCGCCCUCUUCAACCUCCUCAGGUUCCCCCUGGCCAUGAUUCCCGAUCAAAUCAACGACUACGUGCAAGCCAAGGUCUCCGCAGGCCGUGUUGAAAAGUUCCUGCUGCUGCCCGAGAUCGUUCCGUUGGAAGAGGAGCCGGGCAGCCAGAAGGGCAGCAUAAAGCUUUGCAAUGCCUCCUUCUCCUGGGGAGGGGGCAGCACGAGUAGUGGUGAUAGCAGUGACAGUGGUGAGAGUGGCAGUGCUGUGGCAGUGGGUGUGAACGGCCUGGGUGCACAUGAUGCAAAGGACGGAGGGGAGGACGGAGGGAUGCAAGGAGGGAAGGAGGGAGGGGAUGGGGGAGAAGUGGCGUUGGCACUGUGUGAUGUGACGCUGGACAUUCCACCAGGGCAGCUCGUGAUCGUCGUGGGGGAGGUCAGUGAGCUCACAGUGAUGCAUAUCUGCACCGCCCCUCACAGUGAUGCAUAUCUGCACGGCCCCUCACAGUGA